AUGGACAACAUGGCAGACCAAGGCCCACCACCCGCUUACGCCCUGUACGAGUUCAAAUCUCCGACUCCGAUUGCGAAUACAACAACCCGAGCAGCGGCGCCACAGAGGAUUCCCUGGUAUAACCCACGAACCUGGCCCUUGUAUAUGAAGGUCCAUCUGCCAAUAUUUAUCGUGAUCAUCUUGCUUGUCACCGUGGUUCCAAUCGAAGUAAUCAAGAACCGGUAUCCGAAAUAUAUACCUUUGAAGUAUACACUACUCGACGAAUACUCGGGACCAACCUUCUUCGAUCACUUCAACUAUUUCACAGAAGAGGACCCAACAAAGGGCUUUGUGAUAUACGUCAACCAGACCACAGCCACGAACCUGAACCUCACCCACGCAACAGAAUCCUCCGCAAUCCUGCGGGUGGAUACGAAAACCCGCAACACACAGCACGGCCGAAACUCGGUUCGCAUCGAAUCAAAGAAAACAUAUGAUGAAGGCCUCUUCAUCUUUGAUAUCAUCCACACACCCUUCGGCUGCGCUACCUGGCCAGCGCUGUGGUUGACAGACGGCUAUAACUGGCCAUCGAAUGGCGAGAUCGACGUUCUGGAAACAACCAAUGAAGGAAGCCAUGGAAACGAAAUAACUCUUCACACCACGAAGGGAUGUUCGAUGAACGUCAAGCGCAAACAGACCGGACAGAUCCUCUCGAAGAAGUGUGACGACACUAAUCACGGAAAUGCAGGCUGUGGUAUCCUGGGCAAUGAGUCCACAUACGGCCAAGCGAUGAAUGCCAAUGGUGGCGGCGUGUAUGCGCUCGAGCUGCGCAGAGAGGGGAUCCGAGCGUGGUAUUUCCGUCGAGAUUCCAUUCCCCGAAAUAUCGAUAAUCAUCCUGACCCCUCGGAAUGGGGAACUGCGUUGGCCGACUUCCCCGGUACGAAAUGCGACAUUGGGGCCCAUUUCAGGAAUCAGAGUAUCAUUGCUAAUAUCGAUUUAUGUGGUGAACUUGCUGCUCAGAAACAGUACUAUGAUACUAUGUAUCAUUGUCCUGGUUCUUGUUCGGACUUUGUGGCGAUGAAUCCUGGCAGUUUUGAUGAUGCAUUUUGGGAAUUCAAGAGCUUCAAGGUCUAUGUGUCUUCCAGGAAGUUGGAACAUGAUGCUCAACUGGAACAAGAAGCACAAAUAAAACAGCGAGAAGCUCAAGCUCAGGCUCAGGCUCAAGCCCAAGACCAGCAGAGCUCGGGUGGUCAGACUGUGUACUACGUUCAGGAUGACAUUUUCGAUGACAACCAGCAGAGCUCUGGUGAUCAGACUGCGUACUACGUUCACGAUAACAUUUUCGAUGACAUUUUCGACAUUCUCGACAUUUUCCACCUUUUCCACUGA